UAAAAAAAAUAAUAAAAAAAUUGGGCUUAAAACUAUAAAGGGCCCAUUUCAAAACCCUUAUAAAACCCCAAAAUCAACAAAAACCAGCCAUUUUGAGACAAGAAACAAAGAUGCAGAUUUUCGUGAAAACCCUAACCGGAAAGACCAUAACUCUCGAGGUUGAGAGCAGUGACACCAUUGAUAAUGUCAAAGCUAAGAUUCAAGACAAAGAAGGUAUUCCACCGGAUCAGCAGCGCUUGAUCUUUGCCGGAAAGCAGCUUGAAGAUGGCCGGACCCUUGCUGAUUACAACAUCCAGAAAGAAUCAACUCUUCAUUUGGUGUUGAGGCUAAGAGGAGGAAUCAUUGAACCUUCUUUGAUGGCAUUGGCUAGGAAAUACAACCAAGACAAGACUAUUUGCCGCAAGUGCUAUGCUCGUUUGCACCCAAGAGCCGUAAACUGCAGGAAGAAGAAGUGUGGUCACAGCAACCAGCUGAGGCCAAAAAAGAAGAUCAAGUAAACUGUAGGCGAGUUUGCAUAAUGGGUUUGGAAGUAUGUGCAUCUUUUAUUGUUUUUCUCUUUUUUGAAGAAAAGUAACUCUAAUACAUUGUUUAAGAAAUGUUGUUAUUAACCGAGACACUUUGAAAAGUAAUGGAUUUCUUGGUUUGUUGGCUAGUCUAA